CGUGUUCAGGGGAGGGGGUGCGCCACCAAGGACGUGUGUUUAAACUGACCCCUGAAGGAGGUUUGGCCACGACAUCUCACCUUGAAGGGAAGACGUCACAGGGGAAAAAUAGUUCGGUUUGGUUGGGAAGAGUAGUCAGAUCUUGACAAACGAAUAAGGAAGCGCUCAAAGUUUAGGAAUAGGGAGUGGCCAUCAAAUCUGGUAGUAUGUAAGGAAGGAACCAAACCAAAGGGUGAAGAGAGUGGUUUUUACAAAGGAUAUGAACGGGUGUUCACGGGAGGAGAACCCAAAAAGCUAACAUGUAGGAAGCAGUACCCAAUUUACUGGUAAUCAGAGAAAUGCACUAAAAAUAUUUUUGCCUGCUCCUCAAAUAUCGCCCUCACAAUCUUGAUAAAAGAAUGCUUCAUGUACCGCUUACCCUGGAUGAUAACAGAUUUCAGAAGACUGAACCACAGGCCAGAGUCCUCAAUAAAUGAGAGAUUUUUCACAAUCAAAAUUAACAGCAAAAGAAGUCAAGAUGUCUGUCGAUCCAAUGACCUAUGAGGCCCAGUUCUUUGGCUUCACACCACAAACUUGCAUGCUCAGGAUCUACAUUGCAUUUCAAGACUACCUAUUUGAAGUGAUGCAGGCUGUUGAACAGGUUAUUCUGAAGAAGCUGGAGGGCAUCCCAAACUGUGAGAUUAGCCCAGUCCAGGUUCGUAAGUGCACAGAGAAGUUUCUUUGCUUCAUGAAAGGACGUUUUGAUAAGCUUUUUGUCAAAAUGGAGCAGCUGUUUUUACAGUGGAUUUUGCGUAUUCCCCCAAACAUCUUGCUUCCGGAAGAUAAAUCUCAGGAGAUGCAUUCUUAUAGUGAGGAAGAAUUCCAGCUUCUCCAGAAAGAAAUUGAACAGUUACAGGAGAAGUACAAGACUGAAUUAUGCACUAAGCAGGCCCUUCUUGCAGAGUUAGAAGAGCAAAAAACUGUUCAGGCCAAACUUAAACAGACAUUGGCUUUGUUUGAUGAGCUUGAAAAUGUUGGCAGAAAUCAUGGGACUAGUGAUUUCAGGGACAGCUUGGUGUUCCUGGCCCAGAACUCCAGAAAACUCCAGGAUAUUAGAGACAAUGUGGAAAAGGAAAGCAAAAGACUGAAAAUAUCUUAAUUUCUAAAUAGUAAAAGGAGCCAGUCAAAAGUUGGUCUGUAUAUUUUGUUGGAUUUUCUUUGAACUCUUGUAUUCUACAUUUUCCUUCUGUUUGGUCCACUCCCCUGAAGUAUCUGUGUACUACUCGAAACUGAUCUUUGAAGCAUUUAUUCCUUAUAGGCCUCUAAUAGGUGGGAAGGGAUUCUUAAUCCAUUAAAGACUCAUUUGGGGCUUGAUAAAGAAAUAAAGCUUUCCAUGGCCAGUCAAAA